UUUUUUCAACCCCGCAAAAGUCGACUUCGGAGGACGCAGAGAAAAAAGUUAGUUUAGUGUUUUUAGAAAGUGUCAGCCCUCCAAAUAGCCGACGGCGCGCGCUAGUUCGUGUCGUAAUCGGUUCAAGGACUGCCGUCACCGUCGCGGGGCAGCUUCCGGAUUGCGUGGAAAUUGUGUUUUUUAGAUUUUCCAGAGUCGUCAAAAGUUGCCAACAAUUUUCCUCUUCUCUUCUGUUUCCUCCCCGCCCGCCACCUUCCACGCUUGCUUGUUUUUUGUUGCUGAUCGUGGAGCCUGAUCAGAGUGAGCCAAGACGUCGUCGACCCACGGCGAGUUGCGGAGGAGGGCGAGGAGCAGUAGGCCUUGACGCGUUGCAAAAGCUAGAUUCCAUCACGACGACGACGACGGUUCCGGAGGUCAGACGGACAGCAGCAGGAUGCCUGCGUAUCGCAAUCCGACGCACAACUUCACGUACGUGAGUUCGUGCGUAAAGUACAUGAUCUUCCUGCUGAACUUUAUCUUCUGGCUGUUUGGCGGGCUGCUCAUCGGAAUCGGGUUCUACGCGUUCGUGGACAAAUGGCAAGCGACCGGUCUGAUCAAGCUGGAAACGUUCUACGACAUCGUGCUGAACAUCUCGCUCGUGAUGAUCAUCGCCGGUGGAAUCGUGUUUGUGGUUUCGUUUGCCGGAUGUUUGGGUGCCCUGCGGGAGAACACCUGCCUGCUCAAGUUCUACUCGCUGUGUCUGCUGAUGUUCUUCCUGUGCGAGAUGGCGGUCGCCAUCGUUGGGUUUGUGUUUCCGCACAAGAUGAACAUCGUGCUGGAGGAAUCGUUCACCGAUAAGAUCAUCACGACGUACCGCGACGAUCCGGAUCUGCAGAAUUUGAUCGACUUUGCGCAGCAGGAGUUCCACUGCUGCGGGCUGAGCAACGACGGCUACCUGGACUGGGGCAAGAACGAGUACUUCAACUGCACCUCGCCGAGCGUGGAGCGGUGCGGCGUGCCGUACAGUUGCUGCAUCAACGCGACGGACAUCUCGUCCGGGCUCGUGAACAUCAUGUGCGGCUACCACAUCCAGCAGCAGUCGGUGGCGGCGGCCAGCAAGAAGAUCUGGACGAGCGGUUGCAUCGAGAUUGUGCGCGUCUGGGCCGAACGGAACCUGUAUCUGAUUGCGGGGAUCGCCCUCGGGGCGGCGCUCAGCCAGCUGUUUGUGAUCUACCUGGCCAAGACGCUGGAGGGACAGAUCGACCUGCAGAAGAGCCGCUGGUCGUCGUGAGCGUACGUGGUGGGCGGCGGAUGGGGCGGUGGCGGCGGCGGACGGGCGGUUUAAAGCGACGGGGAAGGAGGUGAAGAAAUGCGCGGGUGUGUGAGCGCGCAGCGUCCGACCGCGGUUGAAUGGACUGAAAAAUACUACAAAAACCACUAGAUUCCACCUAUAAAUGUGUACUAGCCUCUCACGAGAAGAUUUGCUGGAUUAACGACGAAGGAGAAGCUGUGAAAGCAGACGGGAGAAGCUGUGUUCUCUUAAAAAAACAACAAGUAACAUUACAUACAUAUAUCUAGUGUUUACGUUCAAAUUCUAUCAACAUAGUAUUAGCAAACAACUAAACAACACUCACAGAGAACAAAACAGACAAACUUUUAAAAAAAUAUGCAAACUGUAAAAUGGCAUAUUGGACUCACAAAAAAAACACUUUACUCAAAUUCCAGACCGAUUGCAUUUUAAGUAACGUGUAUUCUAAGACUUUCGAAACACAAAACACACACUGCUAGGACUUACGAUUUCUGUUCCUUUCACUAGACAAACUAGACUGAAUUUUAAACGUUUUUUUUUUGUUGGUUCAACCCCGCAAGUGGGACAAUGUUUCAUCUCCUCUCAAAUGAUCAUUUUUUAUUAAACAAGUCGUACUAGCGAACGCGUUCUUCCCAAGUAUUAUAAUAAAAUUAAACGGAAAUAAAUGUCAUUCCCGCAGAAAAAACACCCCUGAAAAAUGCAAAUGUUUCUCGACCAUCCCGACUCAUAAUCUCAAUGUUUGAAAAUAACGAACAACUGAAUCCCAGACUUAGGUUUAUCCCGCUAGUGUUAGUAUUAAAAUCAAAAAAAAAAUGUGAAUAGGAUAAGAACGUGCGCAAUUUAAACUGCCAUGAAAAGACGCUGAGCAGAUGGUUUAGAUUUUUUAAAUUGAAUAUUUUUUGCCCUUUUCCCAAAUCCUUUACUCUACCCCUUUUUACGUUAAAUUUGCAGACCAAUUUAUAACAAUGAAAAAAAAAAAAAAGAAAAUGCCGAGCGCAAGUGCAGUUGAAAGUAACCCGUAAUCAAACAAGUGUAGUCAGCUAUGUCAUUAUUUGUAAACGCUCAAAGAUAGCAGUUAGCGACAGCAGGCUCGAGCAAAUGAAGCCGAAUAAGUUUAAAUGGAACGAAUAAAAAUAAA